UGUAAAGAAACUUGCGCAAAACCCAAACAUAGCUUUUGCCGAAACCUCGGCAUCUUCUCUCUGAAACCUUAUCUUCGCUCUCCUCUUUCACGCCAUGGCCGCCUUCUCCGUCAACGGCCAGCUUAUCCCGGGCACCACAAGCUCCACUUCUAUCUGUACCCGUCGGAAGCUCUUAUCUCUCCCCUCUUCUGGCCUCCCCCGUAUCUCCUCGCUGUCUCCUCGCGUCCCAUCCAUAAAAUGCAGUAGUAGCCGAGAUACAGAAGCCCCUCCAAAGGACCUCCUCCUUAAAAACCUAGCCAAAUCUCUCGCCGUCGCCUCUGUCUCCUCCGCUGCGUCCUUCUUCCUUUUCCGAAUCUCGAAUCUUCCGUCGUCGUUUCUAAGCAGCGGCGGAGGAGGAGGAGGAAGAGGAGGCAAUGGAAAUUUCGGCGGGGGAGGCGGCGGCGGUGGAGACGGAGGAUUUUGGGGGAAAUUGUUAUCUCCAGCGCCUGCUGUUGCCGACGAGGAACAGUCACCGGAUUGGGAUUCUCACGGCUUACCGGCGAACAUCGUAGUUCAAUUAAACAAGCUAAGCGGGUUCAAGAAGUACAAGGUCUCCGACAUUGUCUUCUUUGAUCGGAGGAGACAAUCCACGAUCGGCACUGAGGACUCCUUCUUCGAGAUGGUAUCGAUCCGGCCAGGUGGAGUCUACACCAAAGCUCAAUUGCAGAAGGAGCUCGAAACCCUAGCUACUUGCGGUAUGUUCGAGAAAGUCGACUUGGAAGGGAAGACCAAGCCCGACGGAACCUUAGGAGUCACCAUCUCCUUCGCGGAGAGCACGUGGCAGUCCGCAGAUAGGUUCAGGUGUAUCAACGUCGGUCUAAUGGUUCAGUCGAAGCCAAUUGAGAUGGAUGCAGACAUGACGGAUAAAGAGAAGCUUGAGUAUUACAGGAGCUUGGAGAAGGAUUACAAGCGGAGGAUGGAUAGGGCCAGGCCGUGUUUGUUGCCUGCGCCUGUGCAUGGCGAGGUGAUGCAGAUGUUGAGGGAUCAAGGGAAAGUCAGUGCGAGGUUGUUGCAGAAGAUUAGGGACCGUGUUCAGAAGUGGUACCAGGAUGAAGGGUAUGCUUGUGCUCAGGUUGUGAAUUUCGGGAAUUUGAACACUAAGGAGGUUGUCUGUGAAGUUGUGGAAGGAGACAUCACUCAGGUGGUUAUUCAGUUUCAAGACAAGCUUGGUAAUGUCGUUGAAGGUAACACUCAGGUUCCUAUCGUGCGCAGGGAGUUGCCAAAGCAGCUUCGCCAAGGCUAUGUUUUCAAUAUUGAAGCUGGGAGACAAGCUCUGAGGAACAUCAACUCGCUAGGGUUGUUCUCUAACAUUGAAGUGAAUCCACGCCAAGAUGAGAAAAACGAAGGGGGCAUUAUCGUUGAGAUCAAACUGAAAGAGCUCGAACAGAAGUCAGCUGAAGUCAGUACUGAAUGGAGUAUAGUUCCUGGACCUGGAGGCGCUCCCACUCUGGCCUCAUUCCAGCCAGGUGGGUCUGUUACUUUCGAACAUCGAAACAUCCAGGGUCUUAACAGGUCUCUCAUGGGGUCAGUGACCACUAGCAACUUCUUGAAUCCUCAGGAUGAUCUUUCGUUUAAGCUCGAUUAUGUACAUCCAUAUCUGGACGGUGUUUACAAUCCUCGUAACCGUACAUUCAAAACAAGCUGCUUCAACAGCCGCAAACUUAGCCCUGUGUUCACUGGAGGACCAGGUGUUGACGAAGUACCACCAAUUUGGGUUGAUCGAGCUGGAGUGAAAGCUAACAUAACUGAGAACUUCACCCGUCAGAGCAAGUUUACAUAUGGGCUUGUGAUGGAGGAGAUAACAACUCGAGAUGAAAGCAGCCACAUCGCUGCAAAUGGUCAGAGACUACUACCUAGUGGAGGAAUCAGUGCUGAUGGACCUCCGACAACUCUCAGCGGUACCGGUAUUGACCGGAUGGCCUUUCUACAAGCCAACAUCACCCGUGACAACACCAAGUUUGUCAACGGGGCUGUUGUUGGAGAGAGGAACGUGUUCCAGGUGGAUCAAGGAUUGGGUAUUGGAAGCAAAUUCCCCUUCUUCAACCGUCACCAAUUGACGUUGACAAGAUUCAUUCAGCUUCAGCAGGUGGAAGAAGGCGCUGGGAAGCCACCCCCACCGGUUCUAGUUCUUCAUGGACACUAUGGUGGUUGUGUUGGCGAUCUUCCAAGCUACGAAGCCUUUGUUCUUGGAGGUCCUUAUUCUGUCCGUGGCUACAACAUGGGGGAGCUCGGUGCGGCCAGAAACAUCCUCGAGCUUGGUGCUGAGAUUAGAGUACCUGUGAAGAACACGCAUGUGUAUGCAUUUGCUGAGCAUGGGAACGAUUUGGGAAGCUCCAAGGACGUGAAAGGGAACCCAACAGCAGUGUAUAGGAGAAUGGGACAAGGUUCAUCAUACGGUGUAGGAGUGAAGUUAGGUCUGGUACGAGCUGAGUAUGCUGUAGAUCACAACAAUGGAACUGGUGCUCUGUUUUUCCGGUUUGGAGAGAGGUAUUAAGGUAACGAGAAGUAAGUUCGUGUAACUCACUUUAGGCUUUGCCAUUUUUCUCUUUAAGGAUUUGUUCAAGCCCUUGUGCAUUUUUUUUUCUUUUUUUUAGUGGAUUCUAAAUCUUUUUUUUUUUGGUUCCCUUUCAAAUAAUUGUUUAAUGUUAAGAGUUUUACUUGUGUUGUUAAGUUAUGCUGAGAAGUUUCUUCAUCCUUU